AUGGGAAGGUCACCAUGCUGUGAGAAGACGGGGCUGAAGAAAGGACCAUGGACACCAGAAGAAGACCAAAAGCUCAUUGCUUUCAUUGAAAAGCAAGGCCAUGGAAGCUGGCGUGCUUUGCCUGAAAAAGCUGGGUUGCGAAGAUGUGGAAAGAGUUGCAGACUGAGGUGGACUAAUUACCUCCGACCUGAUAUAAAACGAGGAAAGUUCAGCCUGCAGGAAGAGCAAACCAUUAUUCAACUUCACGCUCUUCUAGGAAACAGAUGGUCAGCCAUAGCAUCUCACUUGCCCAAGAGAACCGACAAUGAGAUAAAGAACUAUUGGAACACCCACCUCAAGAAAAGGCUCGACAAAAUGGGCAUAGACCCCACCACCCACAAGCCAAAACUCGAGUCCCUAAUCCACUUCAAAGACGGUUCCAACCUCAGCCACAUGGCUCAGUGGGAGAGUGCUAGGCUAGAAGCUGAAGCCAGACUCGUACAAGAAUCCAAGUUGCAAGAACAAAACAACCUCGUAUUAACCUCUUCCUCGCCACCUCAACAACAAACUAGGCUCAUUCUCAACAAAAUCACCCCCCAACAACACCACCAACCCUUACUACCACCGUGCCUCGACGUCCUCAAGGCAUGGCAAAGUUCAUGGUCAAACAACAACAACAAAUACUCAUCGCUACACGACAAGAAGAAAACCAUGCAUGGGCAUAGCAUGUAUGCAAUGAUGCUUGCCACGGAUGACCUUGAAUCCCCAACAUCCACCUUAUGCUUCCCCGAGAGUAUGCAAACCAAUAAUAGUAAUGAUAAUAACGUUAUGGUGUCGACCGACCAAGUUGGGUUAAUCAAUGACAACUAUUUACUUGCUGCAACUACUGUGGAAGAGUUUAUGACCAAAAGUUUAGGAACGUGUAGUGAGUGCGCAACCGUGAAGGAAGAUGUUGGUUGUGAUAGUGACAAGAACGAGUCGUGGAGAUACUUGACCAAACGCAGCACUGAUCAUGAUGAAGAACAUGCUGAAACUGAGAAGAGAAUUAUGUACGACACGAUGUCAUUUUCGCAAGACGAUGACAUUAUGGUGGCUGUUGAUGCAUUCAGAGGUUGUUAUGGCAAUAAUAAUGAUAAUAUGGUGGCAUUUACACCUCUCUCUAGCAAUCUCAAUAUGGUUGUUGGUUUCAAUAACCACGAGCAGGAUUUUUAUUCCAACCAAGAUUUAGCAGCGGAGAACUUGGAAGUAAACUUCGAGGAGAAUAAGGAUUAUUGGAAUAGCAUGCUUGGUUAUAAGUAA